AUGAAACGCGUAUCUGCGAAGAAGUCGACAUUGAGCCAAGACCAAGCAGCGGGGAAUAGUGGUGUCGUUGGUCAUGUGUUCAAACUAGACUCACGGAACUACUCGGAGGUUAUGGAGAGCGUCAAGUGCAAAGAGUGGCAUGUCGCGGUGCGCGAGGAAAUAAGCGCUCUCGAAGCAAACGACGCGUGGACUUUGGCGCGACGCUCGAGACACAUCAAUUUUCUCCGCACCAAGUGA